AUGGAGUCCGUUCCUCUGGAAACAGCUGGCAUAGUGGCUGGCGGUCCUCCACCAGAUCCUAGCGGGAAGGCUGAAACAGUGGUUCCGCUUCUCCCAGUUAGCAGCGCGCCGAGUAACACUGCGGAUCCGAGCACUCCGACUUCUGCCGUAGCUACCAUGGCGACUUCGGAAGCCCCGCCAGUUUAUAACACUCUUAAUGAACCCGUGAUCGUCACCUUGAAACGAGACGUGUGGCGUGUGAUACACAACCUCCGGAACGUGGUGUUGCCGAUGGGACGAGGCGAAGGGGCUCACAGCUCCAUCCGUGACUGGGACUUGUGGGGUCCCUUCUUCUUCAUCAUCUUCCUCGCCUUCAUCCUCUCAUCCUCAGCCUCCGAGAACAAGUCCAAAGUCUUCGCGGUGGUCUUUGGUGUCCUCUCGUCUGGGGCAAUCAUCCUCACGCUCAAUGUGCUCCUUCUGGGAGGGAGGAUUAUCUUCUUCCAGAGCCUCAGUGUCCUUGGCUACUGCCUCUUUCCACUUGACAUUGGAGCCUUUUGGAAGGAAGUGCAAGGAGCCAGCAUGCCGACGCUCUCUGAGGAUGCGGCGUAUCUGAUCAAGAUGUUCGCGAUUGGUUCAGUUGCCGUCGUCUCUCUGCCGUUUCUCCUGCCCGCCGCCUUCGUGUUGUCGCCUUUGGUAGCCGUGCUCGCUGCGUACGGCUUUGUCAAGUCCCGCUCGCCACAGCAGAAGCUUCUGCAGGGCCCCAGUAGCAGCGCGGGUAGAAGGCCUUGGCAGCCGUCCCCAGGCGUGCCACAUAAUCAACAUCAACCUCAAGAGAAGCAAGCUGCCCUCCUGCUAGAGCCUGCCAGCACCAGCAUGGACGUGCAGGGUCGCUCUGGCUUGCCUCCUGCACGUGAGCAAGCAGCAGGUGGGGAAAGGGGACCGAGCAGCAGGGCUGGUGGAUUUGGAGAGACUCAGGCAGGCGAGAGGACCAGCCUUGAUGCUGCCCGGCGGUUCCCCUCUCCUGAACUUGCCGUCCCGCAUGCUCCCCCUUCUCAAGCUGUCCGCUCUCAAGCUCAACCGGCCUUUUCUGGAGCUGCUCCUUCGCAAGCUGCCGCUCCUCAUGUGACUUCUACCCCUCCUGCUGGCAUUCGAGCCUUUCCCUCAAGCCCAGAGUCUGUGCAUGUAGCGGGGCUUCCUAAAGCGAGGGCAGUGGCGGGGCUGGGCAGCAUGGAAGGACCUGCAGUGGUGGUGGGAGCAACAAGGCCGGGGGUGGCGGGAGCAGCACGGCCGACGGUGCGAAUGAGGGUCCAGGCGAUUGACUCUGGUGGGGCUGAGGAGGAGCCGGCUGGAGGGAGAGGGACAAGGGCGGGAGGAUCAGAAGUGGUGGAGCAACAGCGACGGGAGAGAACGGAGGAGGAGGAAGAGGAGGAGGAGGGGCCAUCGCUGGUGCUUCAUCACAUUCCAAAGGACUUGACUGGCGUGGCACGUAUCCGUGUGGUGGAAGCAGCAGAGACAGGAGAGACAGGAGAGGCAGGCAAGGCAGGUGGAGUGGGAGUUGAAGCGCCCAAGGCAAGCAAAGAGGAGAUGGCAGCAGCAGGCGUGGCAGGGCAGGAAGGCUGUAAACCUGAGGCAGAGGUGGAGGAGAAGCGUGUUGUGUUUGGGCAGGGCGGGGAGGGAUCAGAGGAGGAAGAGCUGUUGGUGGAGAAAGAGGUACAAGAGGAGGGGGUGCGGGUUGCGACCGCAGCUGCCCAGGCAGGCUCGUGCUUCGCGGAAGCAGACUGUAGAAGGGCAACUGUGGGAAGUGCGGCGUGCGAGUCAGCUGUUGGAAGCAACUAA